UGCCGUCACCGAGGCUGCUGGACGGGAGCAACUCGGCACCACCAACAACAACCAGCCGGCUGCUCCUCCGUGCUGAGGGAAGACUCGGUGCAGCCAGGAGCCUCCCCACCGCCUUUGCCCGUCCUUUCUCACCGUCCACGGUUAACGACAUGGCCUCCGACGGCAUGGACGAGCGAUCCCCGCUGUUGUCGGGCCCCAACUCGGAGAAUGUGACCCCCACAGCUCCCCCGUACCUGCAAGAUUCAAGUCCCCGAGCCGAACUACCUCCUCCUUAUACAGCCAUCGCCAGUCCCGACGCCGGCGGUGUGCCUGUCAUCAACUGCCGCGUAUGCCAGUCGCUCAUUAACCUGGAUGGAAAGCUGCAUCAGCACGUGGUCAAGUGCACUGUCUGCAAUGAAGCUACACCUAUCAAGAACCCCCCAACAGGGAAGAAAUAUGUGAGGUGUCCCUGUAACUGCCUGCUCAUCUGUAAAGACACGUCCAGGAGGAUAGGAUGUCCUCGACCAAACUGCAGACGCAUAAUCAACCUGAGCCCGGUGAUGGUAAUCCCCGAGGAGCAACCCGCCCAGCCGGCACUGCCUAUCCAACCUGAGGGGAUGAGGGUGGUCUGCGGUCACUGUGGCAACACCUUCCUAGGCAGUGAGGACGCCAGGUCAUCCCAGCCAAUGUCUGGCCUCCCCAGCGAUGGCUCUCCGCCAGCACAACAGCAGUGGAUGGAGCUUCGGUUUAACACGCUAGCCAAGUGUCCCCACUGCAAAAAAAUAUCUUCUGUUGGCAGUGCGCUCCCUAGAAGGCGCUGUUGUGCUUAUAUAACUAUAGGAAUGAUCUGCAUUUUCAUUGGAGUGGGUCUAACAGUUGGUACUCGGGGCUUUGCCAGUCGUUACAACGCCACCUAUGUAUCCUGGGCAUUCGCCUACCUGCUGGGCCUCAUCUGUCUGAUACGAGCCUGCUACUGGGGCGCUAUCAAAGUCAGCUACCCGGAGAACAGCUUUGCCUAGAGUGGGUUCGGCAUGGCGUGGCCCUGCACGGCUGGAAGAACAACCCCCACUUUUAAUUUUAUCAUCUUGUUCAGAUUUCAAAGUGGUCAUGUUCAGUGGAGCGGUACGUCUAUAGAGUGUCUGGACAGGAGUGUGUUGAAGAGUGUAUGAUGGAGAUGUAUCUUGUUGUGUCUGAAAUGUUUUGACUCACUGAACAAACCUAACGUAUGUCGAUCAAUCCUCCUACUAGUCCACGAGGACUCAAAUCCCGCCCAGGUAUUUCAGAAAUCCUGCAAAAUACAGAAUCAAGAACUGCGAAACUUCAGAAACUGAUUUUUCUUGGUGAAUGCCAAAAUAAGCUUGGUGAUUUAAAAAUAAUAGUAACUGGCUGGAUUUGUUCUUUCUGGACCAGUUUUGUUUUUGUUGUUGCCCGACUAACAUCAUGGUACCCACUUGAUUUCUUUUGUUACUGACCAGACCAAAAUGAGACAACCUCUGAAGAACCGUUUGCCCAUUGCACUACGACUAUAUGCAAUUGUAUGUGUUGUUUUGCUGCUAGUUAACUCCGGCUACAGAAAGCUGCAUAUCCAUACUGUAUUGUAACUAUUUACCUUGCCUGUGUACACUGACAUAGUAUUGCUAUAUGAUUUUAACUCUUGAAAUGAUUUUUAAAUACCCAUGUGUGCCAACUUUGCUGCCCAGUAUUAGUCAAGAAGAGCAUCAAAUCAACAGGAGCUUGUUUUUGUUUUUUUAUCACAGUGUUAAUUCUUUGUGCCAUGCAGCUUUUAACUCACUACAGCAAUAACCCUUUUAGUUACUUUGAACCCUACCUGCAGAACCGUCCCAGUGUUCUUCACUGCAUUUUUGUUGCCUUCUGACUAGUGGAAAAUGAAAACAUAGUGGCUUACAUUUGCAAUGUUGACUUGUUUAUGUUCUGUCACAGAGGUGGUGUGUUUUCUGUGCCACAGAGGGAGCUGAAGCGUACGAUGUUCCUGUCUUUGCUCCUUCUGCCUGUGAGUUAGAAUGUAAAUCCUCCUCCUCCCCUUCGCUGUCUGACCUCCAGUGAACUCUGUGCUAGCUAGAAUCGCUAUAGGCUAACUCAGCAUUCUGUCUCUUGACCAGUGGGCACAGUCCUAACCUUGUUUUGAAUGUGAUGAUGAUGAUGAUGAUGAUGAUGAUGAUGAUGAUGAUGAUGAAGCAGAAAAUAAUAUAAAAAAAACUUUGUACAUAGGUCAAAUUCAGGACUUUGAAAACUGUAGUGAGAGGUGGAAGAAGAGGGUGGCUCGUGGGUCUUUCUAAAAAUGAUAAUUUAUCAAUAAAAUGCAGAAACUGCCUGUA